AUGGCGGCAGCAGUACUCGCAGGCAGCACAGGCCUCGUCGGCUUCAACAUCCUCACCACGCUCCUCGCCCACCCCUCCUUCUCCGCCAUCCACGCCUACACGCGCCGCGACCUCCCCAACCCAGCAGGCUCCACAAAACUGCAACCCAUCACCUCGCCCGACUCCUCCACCUGGCCCGCCCAAUUCCCCUCGUCCACACACCCCCGCGUCUUCUUCAGCGCCCUCGGCACAACGCGCGCCCAAGUCGGCGGCUUCGACGCACAGCGUAAGAUCGACUACGACCUAAACCUGGAUCUCGCCAAGACCGCCAAAGAAGCCGGCGUAGACACGUACGUCCUCAUCUCGUCCAACGGCGCGAAUCCCAAUGGCUACUUUGCGUAUCCGAAGAUGAAGGGGGAGUUGGAGGAGGCGGUCAAGGGGCUGGGGUUCAAACACACGGUUAUUGUGCGCCCGGGCUUGAUUGUGGGGGAGAGGAGUGAGUCGAGGCCUGCGGAGGCGGCGUUGAGGAGUCUGGCGAAGGGGCUGAGGGGGCUGACGCCGAAGAUGACGGAUUGGUGGGCGCAGGAUGCGGGGAUGAUUGCGAGGGCGGCGGUGGAGGCGGGGGUGAGGUGUGUGGAGGGGAAGAGGGAGGAGGGGGUUUGGAUGCUGGAGAUGAGGGAUAUUGUUGAGUUGGGGAGGGAGUAG